AUGGCAUCUCCACAGAUUCUCCGUACUCCCAUCACCGAUCUUCUCAAGAUCAACCACCCAGUCCUCCUGGCUGGUAUGAACGUGGCCGCGGGACCUAAGCUCGCUGCUGCCGUCACCAAUGCCGGUGGUCUCGGCGUCAUUGGUGGUAUUGGAUACACCCCAGAAAUGCUCCGCGAGCAACUCGAUGAAUUGAAGGGAUACCUCAACGAUAAGAGUGCGCCAUUUGGUGUUGACCUGCUUUUGCCUCAGGUUGGCGGUAAUGCACGAAAGACCAACCAUGACUACACCAAAGGAAAGCUCAACGAGCUUAUUGAUAUCAUCAUUGAGAGCGGAGCCAAGCUCUUCGUCUGUGCUGUUGGUGUCCCACCCAAGCACGUCGUAGAGAAACUCCACAAGGCCGGCAUUCUCUACAUGAACAUGAUCGGACACCCCAAACACGUCAAGAAGUGCCUCGAGCUCGGCGCCGACAUCAUCUGCGCCCAGGGUGGUGAAGGUGGUGGUCACACUGGUGAUGUCCCCACCACCGUGCUCAUCCCAACCGUUGCCAAGCUCGUGCAAGGACACAAGAGUCCCUUGACCGGUGCGCCAGUGCAGGUUAUUGCUGCCGGCGGUUUGUUUAGCGGUCAGUCCGUUGCUGCGGCCUUGAUGCUUGGUGCUUCGGCUGUUUGGAUUGGUACUCGAUUCAUUUUGUCCGAGGAGGCUGGUGCAUCUGAGGCUCACAAGGAGGCUGUUCGCACUGCUGGAUUUGACGACAAUAUCCGAACCAUUAUCUUCACUGGCCGCCCCCUCCGCGUCCGCAACAACGCAUACAUCACCAACUGGGAAGAAAACCGCUCCCAAGAAAUCAAAGACCUCACCUCUAAGGGAAUCAUUCCCGUCGAGCACGACCUUGAGAACUUGCCCGAUGACGUUGAUGACGAGUACUUGGACAAUGCCCAGCCCUUCCUUAUGGGCAAGGUUGCCGCUGUUGUCACGGAGAAGAAGACUGCCAAGGCUAUUGUUGAUGAGCUUGUGACUGAUGCUUCUGCCUGGUUACAAAAGGGCCAGAAGAUGAUUGCUAAGUUGUAA